GACACAAACAGCUGAUGCGAAAGUCUUACUUGCGAUUCCGCUUUUUGACGGAGAGAUCACUUCCAGAUCCUACAUCCAGGCGUUUACACAUUUACUUUGGUUUAGUUUAUGUCAAAUUAAGGAUUACGAAGAGUUGUGACAAACAUUCCCAUUCAUGAAUACCUCGGACAGUGAAGAGGAGUCAUAUAAUGAAAGGACAGCAUUGGUUGCUUCCGAGAUUCCCCCCGUGCCGUCCUACCUGGAAGAGCCUGACCAACCCUUGCCAUCGGACAUGGAACCCAAAAGACAUGAUGGUGUAGCCCCGGUCUCCAGCAGGGAGCGUCCUGGUGCCCACCGCAGCACAGUGGAGAGGGAGCCCGACAUGGAUGAGGAAGAACUCACCCUCAAGUAUGGCGCCAAGCAUGUCAUCAUGCUCUUCGUCCCCGUCACUCUCUGCAUGGUGGUGGUGGUGGCCACCAUCAAGUCAGUCAGCUUCUACACGGAGAAGAACGGCCAGCAGCUGAUCUACACACCCUUCACAGAGGACACUACUUCUGUAGGCCAGCGGCUCCUAAACUCGGUGCUCAACACUAUCAUCAUGAUCAGUGUCAUUGUGGUCAUGACCAUCUUUCUGGUGGUCCUCUACAAGUAUCGUUGUUACAAGUUCAUACAUGGAUGGCUCAUCCUGUCUUCUCUAAUGUUGCUAUUUUGGUUCAGUUUCAUGUAUCUUGGGGAGGUGUUCAAAACGUACAACAUAGCCAUGGAUUACCCCACAGUGGCCAUUAUUAUCUGGAACUUUGGGGCGGUGGGAAUGAUAUGCAUCCACUGGAAGGGGCCUCUGCAGCUCCAGCAGGCCUACCUCAUAGUCAUCAGCGCCCUCAUGGCGCUCGUCUUCAUCAAGUACCUUCCGGAAUGGUCUGCUUGGGUCAUCCUGGGAGCCAUUUCUAUCUACGACUUGGUUGCAGUGCUGUCCCCCAAGGGUCCUUUGAGGAUGCUUGUGGAGACUGCGCAAGAGCGAAAUGAGCCUAUUUUCCCUGCCCUUAUAUACUCAUCUGCCAUGAUAUGGAUGGUCGGAAUGGCGAACCCUUCAACACAUAGAGAGUCUGGAAAUCAAGAUACAGAUGAAGAGGCACACCAGAGUGAUGGCAUUGCCUCGCAUAGUGAUGGAGCUGAGCCAGAUAUCCAAGUGUCCUCAGGGUUGGCCAGAUCCUACUCAACAGAUGAUGACCUAGAGGAAGAUCGUGGAGUAAAGCUUGGACUGGGAGACUUCAUCUUCUACAGUGUGCUGGUGGGAAAGGCUGCCGCCACUGGAGGAGACUGGAACACCACCCUGGCCUGUUUCGUAGCCAUACUCAUAGGAUUGUGCCUCACUCUCCUCCUGCUGGCCAUCUUCAAGAAGGCCCUACCAGCGCUGCCUAUCUCCAUCACCUUCGGCCUCGUAUUCUAUUUUUCCACUGAUUAUCUGGUCCGGCCGUUCAUGGACAACCUUGCGGCUAACCAGUACUACAUUUGACCCCUAGUACAAUCCAUUUUUCAAUUUGACGGUCAAUGGAAUAUUUUUUUUCACCACAUUUUCUAUGGCUCUACUUGUUUUCUACCAGUAGUGUUUAUUUAGCAAUUACAUGGAUUGGAUAGAGAUUUGGGGUGGGGAAAGAAUCAUAUUUAAUUUAUUGCUUUGCAUACAUUGUGUUAACAAACCAUGACGACUUGUGAGAAUCAGCUUUAUUGAGUUGUACAUUUUAAAAUGGAAUUAUAUCCUCUCUCUAACAACAGUUUUUACGACACCUAAAUCAACCAUGCAUUUAAAUUAAGUUCUGCUUGCAGUUAAUUCAGUCUUUUUCACUACAUGAAUGACAAACACGAACAUUAACCUUGACAAAGGGAGUGCCAAAGGUGGGUCUUGGAUGACACAAAUACAGUAUUCAUUGAAAACUAAUUCUGUGGCCAGCUGUAGCUUUAAACUCCAGUAUGAUGGUUGCCUGAACGGAGUUCUUUCAGUCUUUGAUAGUAUGUGUAGACUUUAUAUCGAAGAAUAUAUAUUUUAUAGAAUGUAAUGAAAUGUGUAACAUUUGAUAUCUAAGCUAAUUGUUAAAUGUACUUUAGUCCUUUAUGUUUCGUUUGUUGAUAAUCUCAUGUAUUGAUUCUAUUGUCAUGUGCAAAAAAUUCUGAAGGAGAAUAACUUAUUAUAUAUUUGUCAUGCAAGGCUAGCCCUUGUGUAUCUGUACUGGAAUAAUGUUCAGGUUCAAAUGCUUGGUGUCAUCUUUUAGUUUUUCUGCUUUUACACGCUUAGUCAUGAUUUGUUGGGUUUAAAAUAAAUAAGAUAAAAUUGGG